UCACUUCGUAUCUGGCUGGCCGGUUUGAAGUCGACUGGGUCCCUUACCUCUCCGGUCGACGUUCGCUUUCCUUCUCGUACGCUCUUUAAUAGCUCGUAAUCACCGUUGAACGGCCGGCCCUCUUGGACUGCGAUUGAUGCUCCGCGCUCCGAACUCCACAUAGGAUCAUAUUAUUAUCGACACUUGAAAAGUAAUCAUGGCGGGCGGCGGAUCAGUAUGGCGCGGCUUCUUCACGCCACAGAAGCUGGCGUUCAACUUCUUCUUUUGGGGCUUCCACUGGGCGAUAUUCGGCAUAGGAUGGUGGAAACAGGCAAUUGAGCCUAGACUCGCACCUUUGAACGCCCUGCAGUUUUCCGUGUGGUCCUCUCGCGGUGCAGGGUUGGUGCUGUCGGUCGACACCAUGGUCAUUGUCAUGCCCAUGUGCCGCAACUUGCUACGAAUGAUUCGGCCCAAAGUCCGAUGGCUACCGCUGGACGAGUCCAUGUGGUUCCAUCGACAAGUCGCCUACGCCAUGGUUUUCUUCACAAUUAUCCACACAUCGGCGCAUUAUGUCAAUUUCUUCAAUGUCGAGAGGACACAAGUGCGUCCGGAAAUCGCUCUCCAGAUUCAUUACACCCAGGCUGGUGGAGUUACUGGACACCUCAUGUUGCUCAUGAUGUUGCUCAUCUACACCACCGCCCACCACAGGAUCCGACAGCAGUCGUUCGAGACUUUCUGGUACACCCACCACCUCUUCAUCCCAUUCCUGCUCGGCAUGUACACGCACGCUACUAGCUGCUUCGUGCGCGACACCGCUGCUCCCUUUUCGCCCUUCGACCACGAAGGCUUCUGGACCCACUGCAUUGGUUACGAAGGCUGGCGAUGGGAGCUUGUCGGUGGAGGCCUGUACCUCAUGGACCGCCUGUACCGAGAGAUCCGCUGCAGGAGGCAGACCCAGAUCGUCAAGGUUGUCCGCCACCCAUACGAUGCUGUUGAGAUCCAAUUCACCAAGCCCAGCAUGAAGUACAAGCCCGGACAGUGGCUGUUCCUCAACUGCCCAGAAGUCAGCUACCACCAGUGGCAUCCCUUCACCAUCACCUCCUGCCCUCAGGACCCCUACAUCUCUGUCCAUGUGCGCCAGGUUGGUGACUUCACCCGCGCUCUCGCGGACGCCCUCGGUGCGGGUAUGUCGCAAUCCAAGCUCUACGACGACCUUGACCCGAUGGGCAUGUACGAAAUCGCGCUGCAGCACGGCCAAAAGAUGCCCGCGCUCCGCAUCGACGGCCCUUACGGAGCGCCCGCCGAGGACGUCUUCGAAAACGAAAUCGCCGUGCUCAUCGGUACCGGUAUCGGAGUGACACCCUGGGCGUCCAUCCUCAAAUCCAUCUACCACAUGCGUCUCUCGCCCAACCCUCCCAAGCGCCUUCGCCGCGUCGAAUUCAUCUGGGUCUGCAAGGACACGUCUUCGUUCGAGUGGUUCCAGACGCUGCUCUCCUCGCUCGAAGCACAGUCCAUGGGCGGCAACGAAACCGACCAGUUCCUCCGCAUCCACACAUACCUUACCCAGAAAAUCGACUCAAAUACUGCGCAGAACAUUGUCCUCAACUCCGUCGGCACCGACAAGGAUCCCCUCACCGAGCUCAAGUCAAGGACCAACUUUGGCCGCCCCGACUUCCAGCGCUUGCUGUGCGGCAUGCGCGACGGUAUCAUCGAUCGGACGUACAUUGGCGGGCUGGAGAGCACGCUGAGGACGGAUGUCGGUGUGUACUUCUGCGGCCCGAAUGUUGCGGCGAGGGACAUCAAGCGCGCGUGCAAGGCGGCGAGGUGCCAGGAGGUCAACUUCAAAUUUUGGAAGGAGCAUUUCUAGAUGCGGUGCAUUGUACUUUUUGGAGUCGCGAAUUGGAGAUGGAAUCCAAGGACGACUGGUGGCAGGUGGAAGCGGAAUACCUAUGUCUAUGUCCAUGUCUACGCUGUGGAAAUACCUAUGCUAUGCUUUUCCUUCUCCUCUGCUUGAAAGAGGGUCUUGUAUGUCAAUCAUGUCAAAUCAAACCUUUAUCACCCUCAACCU